AUGGCACCAUUUGAAGCUUUGUAUGGGCGUAAGUGUAGAACUCCUUUGUGUUGGGAAUACUUAGACGCCAAUAUUCCUAUAGGACCGAAUUUGAUUCAAGAAACAGUGGAUCAGGUAAAAGUCAUUCAGGGUUUGAUGAAGAGAGCUCAAGAUCGUCAGAACAUCUACAAUGACAACCACAGGAGGAAGCUAGAAUUUGAAUUCGGUCAAAAAGUUUUCUUAAAAGUUUCUCCAAUGAAGGGCGUGAAACGAUUUAGAGUAAAAGGAAAACUAAGUCCGAAAUUCAUAGGGCCAUUUGAAAUCUUGCGAAGAAUUGGAGAAGUGGCUUAUGAAUUGGCAUUGCCGCCAGAGUUGGAUGGGGUUAAAGAGCUGAGGAAUAAGUCAAUUCCCUUAGUGAAAGUAUUGUGGACUCACCACGGGGAAGAGGAAGCGACUUGGGAAAAAGAAUCUGACAUUAGAAGUCGAUAUCCGCAUUUGUUUUAA